UAAACAAGUGAGAGAGAAACAAAUAGUGCGCAUUCUUGGAAAGGUUUGCUUGUAUUCCUGAUCUUAUUAUGCUUUGUUAGCUUCCCAAGGUGUUAAUCGAUGAACCUAGCUGUUGUAAUUUUGGUUCUGCUUCUGGGACACUCCUUCUAGUUGCCUACUUUCAGUCUAUCUUGUUAUCACAGCUAAGAGCCCAAUUCUAAAAAUGUGUGCAGGCACCGACCAUUGCAGCAGCAGCUUAUUUGAGGAUGGCAGGAAGGCCGCCUGUUCUUCCCUCCAACAAUUUUUCUUAUUCCGAGAACUUCUUAUACAUGCUAGAUUCAUUGGGCAAUAGUUCUUAUAAACCCAAUCCUCGAUUGGCUCGUGUUCUCGACAUUUUGUUUAUAUUACAUGCAGAACACGAAAUGAAUUGCUCCACAGCUGCUGCCCGGCACCUUUCAUCAAGUGGUGUUGACGUGUACACCGCUCUUGCUGGAGCUGUUGGAGCUCUGUAUGGUCCUCUUCAUGGUGGAGCAAAUGAGGCGGUGCUUAAGAUGCUGAGUGAGAUUGGAACAAUUGACAAUAUCCCAGAGUUUAUCGAGGGCGUGAAGAACAAGAAGCGAAAGAUGUCAGGUUUUGGCCAUCGUGUAUACAAAAAUUAUGAUCCCAGAGCGAAGGUCAUAAAAAAACUGGCUGAGGAAGUAUUUUCAAUUGUUGGCCGGGAUCCUCUCAUUGAGGUGGCUAUUGCUUUGGAGACUGCUGCACUGUCAGAUGAGUAUUUUGUUAAGAGGAAAUUGUAUCCAAAUGUUGAUUUCUACUCUGGGUUAAUUUAUAGGGCAAUGGGCUUCCCAACGGAGUUCUUUCCUGUUUUGUUCGCAAUUCCUCGGAUGGCUGGCUACUUAUCACACUGGCGAGAGUCCCUGGAUGAUCCUGAUACGAAAAUAAUGAGGCCAGCUCAGGUCUACACUGGCGUGUGGUUGAGGCAUUAUAUGCCACUCAGUGAACGGAUGGUAUCGCCUCAGGCAGAGAAACUUGGUCAGGUGUCCGUUUCAAAUGCCACCAGGCGGCGUCUGGCUGGAUCCGGAGCCUAG